GUAGAGUGGACUGCUUUGGGACCAGGAAAAUGAAUUCCAAUUUCUUACCCCCCUACACUGUAGGAUUUUGAUUUUCACACCAGAAUCACCCCACCAACAAUUCCAAUCUUCCCUUCAAUUCCAUUGCAUUGCUCAGCAGCUGAUCCGCAUCAGUUGACUCAGCGACACAACUGUAUAUUGUGAGUAUAGCAUAAUGUGUGUGUUUGUGCAACGAAGAUCUUUUGAAGAAUGGCGGAGGAAAUGAAUCACCCGUCGAGUUAUGUUAAAUUGACGAAAGAACAAGCGCCGGUGGAGGAAAUUAGUCCCGGAGAGCUUAAUCAGCCCAUUGAUGUUCCUCAGUUACACGUUCACAAGUGCAAUGAGUGUGGACAGCCUUUACCAGAAAGUUACCAAGCCCCUGCAGAUGAACCUUGGACUACUGGGAUCUGUGAAUGUGCUCAAGACACAGAAAGUUGCUGGACAGGAUUAUUUUGCCCCUGUGUCUUGUUUGGCCGCAAUGUUGAACAAAUAAGAGAAGAUACUCCAUGGACCUGGCCGUGCAUCUGUCAUGCCGUUUUCAUAGAGGGCGGUCUUGCAUUUGCUGCCGUAACUGCAGGCCUACAUGGUAUGAUCGACCCAAGGACUACAUUUCUCAUUUGCGAGGGUUUGCUUUUCAGUUGGUGGAUGUGCGGAAUAUACACUGGUCUUGUGAGGCAAUCGUUGCAGAAGAAGUAUCAUCUCGAGAAUUCACCAUGUGAUCCUUGCAUGGUGCACUGCUGCAUGCAUUGGUGUGCCCUAUGCCAAGAACACAGGGAGUUGAAAGGACGCUUAUUAGAUGAAACCUUCGUCCCAAUUACUGUAGUUAAUCCACCUCCAAUCCAAGAAAUGAGCGCUGCAAGUGACAGCCAUAACUCAGCACCACUCUCUACUAAUGGGGCUGACCGAGCUAACGUAGAAAUGCAACCUUUAUAGAAACUCAAAACAAGGUACUAUUUUUAUACACUACAGAAUGGCCUUCAAAAGUUGAAUUUUUAGUUUAUUUCUCCUCGCAACUAUACGAGACUAAAGUGGUACGAAUUUUUAAGCCCUUUUGCUAGAAUAUUGUACAAUUUCUCAGGGGCAAUUAUGUUUGAUGAAAUUGCAAAUCAGUGCAUUUCUCGGUC